CUGAUGAGGAGCAGCAGCAAAAUGUGGCAGCAGCAGCAGCAGGGUUGGGGGCCAGGCCCCGGCCCCAGGCAGAGGAGAGAGGAGAGGGGAUGCCCCGGCGCCGCAGGAACAUGGGCAGCAGGCUGAUGGCCCAGAGGAGAGCACAGCAGGCAGAGGACUGGAUGGAAGAGGAAGAUGAUGCUGAAGAGGUGCCAGAAUUUCAGGUGUCUGGGAAAAUUGGAGCAAAGAAGCAGAGGAAAUUAGAAGAGAAACAAGCCAGAAAAGCACAGAGAGAGGCUGAAGAAGCAGAGCGAGAAGAACGGAGAAAACUUGAGUCAAAGAGAGAGGAGGAAAGGCGGAAAGAAGAGGAGAGAAUACGCCUUGAGGAGGAGAGACAGGAAGAGGAGAAAAGGAAAGCAAAGGAAGAAGAGGAGAAGAGAGAGUAUGAAGAGUACCUGAAGCUGAAGGAGAGUUUUGUGGUUGAAGAGGAAGGGGUUGAAGAAUCAAUGACAGAGGAAGAGUCUCGCAGCUUUCUGCUGGAAUUUCUGGACUAUGUUAAGAAAAAAAAGGUGAUCCAGCUGGAGGACUUGGCUUCACAUUUGGGCUUAAGAACACAGGAUGCAAUCAACAGAAUCCAGGACCUGAUGGCAGAUGGCACCCUGACAGGUGUGAUUGAUGACAGGGGCAAGUUCAUCUACAUCACUCCCGAGGAGAUGGCCGCCGUGGCUCAGUACAUCAAACAGAGGGGCCGGGUCUCCAUCGCUGAGCUGGCCCAGGCAAGCAACUCCCUCAUCAACCUCCAGCCUGACAGCCCAGCUGCUGCCCCCACCCUGGCCUGA